AUGGACGAAGGAACCUCGCUUGCCCACGAGCGUAGUCUCGAAAUUAAAAAUUCAAGAAAGAGGAAGCAUCCACAAAAGGAUUUCAACUUUGGAAAAUAUCCGAAAAGAAAAAUUGCCAUACAGUUUUUGUAUUGUGGCUGGGACUAUGCGGGGCUUGUAUGUCAGGAUACAACGUCAAACACAGUCGAAGAAUAUAUCAAGAACGCUCUGAUAAAAACAAAACUUAUAGAAUCGUGGGAGGACUGUCAGUAUUCAAGAAGUGGUCGCACCGACAAAGAAGUUUCAGCUUUUAGACAAGUGGCGUCACUAAUAGUGAGAUCAACUGAUCUGGACGGUGAGGGGGUUUUCUGGCCUGAAAAUUCUGGCAGUGAUCGCAUCAGUGGUUCAGCUGGUGAGUUGAAUUAUGUGAAAAUGCUGAAUGCCACUCUUCCAAGAACGAUUAGAAUUCUUACGUGGGCUCCUGUUCCACUGGACUUUAAUGCUAGGUAUCAUUGUUCUCAGCGGGUUUAUAAAUAUGGACUGCCGAUUACAAACUAUGACUUUGAAGCUAUGCGCAGUGGGUGCAAGCGUUUGAUUGGAGAGCAUGAUUUUCGUAAUUUUUGUCAUAUUGAUAGGAAUUCUUCGCGACUCGGAAUGUCAUAUGUUAGGACUAUUACCGAUGCUGAUUUAACUUUAGUAGAGUUAGGCGAAAAUGAGACUAGUAACACUGUGGACAACAGUUCAGUAUACAAAUUUGCAGAACUAACUAUCAAAGCUUCAGGAUUUUUAUGGCAUCAAAUCAGAUGUAUUGUUUCUGUAAUAUGUGAAAUAGGGAGACGCAGAGAAUCUCCUGAGAUUAUAACGGAAUUGCUGGAUGUUCAAAAAUUUCCCAGAAGACCAGCAUAUGGUUUGGCCGCUGCAAAACCUCUUUAUUUGUACGAUUGUUCGUAUGGCGAUACUGAACUGAAAUGGAACUGGGAUGUUAAUUCAGCUCUUAAUACUAAAGCUUUACUUUUGAGCACGUAUGCUGACUACAAAACGAGAUGUUUGAUGCUGAAAAACAUGGCGGAGGGACUUGGGUCUUUGGUUUCAGAUGUCAGUGUUUGUUAUAGGGGCUUUGAUAACUUUUUGACGCCGAAUAGUGCAAGCUCGCAUAAUUACAUUUCACUGAAAAAUCGUCCCACCUGUGAUUCUCUUGAAGAAAAGCAGGAAAAGGCGGAAAACAAAAAUAAGGCUGUUUCGAGUUGA